GGCCACCAGUCGUUUUCCUAGAAAUGGUAAAGGUAAUUAUUUUUCUACGAAUCCUAGCUAAUCCAAUUUAAAUUGCAAUCAGGUGGCAUUUCUCUAUAUUUGAUUCUAUUAUUCAUGAUAUUUAGCUUUGGCGAAAAAGCAAUUUUACAUCUAAACGUUUGAACUUUCGCUGCUCGUUAUCGCCGCCCUAAUUACACCAGCUUACGCCAGGGAAGGAUCAACACGCAAGGAAACAUAAACUUAAGUUUAAAUACAUGAACUGAAAACUAAAAGUAUUUUCCAUUAAAAUGCCUCGAGCAAAGAAUGAUUACAAAAAGAAUGUUACCAAACAGUUUUGGAAGUAUCUAUCAACUGAGCGGCUCAGGCCGUCAACAAAGAUGGAGCUCAGACAGGUGUAUUACGAUCAGUUCAAGAAAACAUUGGAUCAUUCCAUCCCCACAGUUUCCUUUUCCACAAUCUUGUUUCAACUGAAGAGGAUGAAAAAACUGGUAAAAUGCAAAGAUGGUUCUGACACAUUGUUGUACUUUGAACGAAAGGGUCGCCGUUUGGUUUUGGCUGUAGACCAGUCAUUUGUGCAACGAAAGCAAAGGACUGCAGCAAAAGAAAAAGGAGAAGAUGAUGAAAAAGAUGUUGAUGAAACUGAAAGGGAAAAACACUCUGAACAGGAAGAAGAUGAUCCAGUGCUAGAGCUGAAGAAGUUAUUUCUUAAACACAAAGAAUCUUUCAUUCAAGACAAGAAUGGAAUACGGGUUUGUUCUGAUUUAGACAGAGAACAUGGAUUAAUUGACUUUGGUCAAAUGCAAUUAACCGAGAGUGCAAAAAUCACAGAAAUCAUUGUCAACAAUGCUGGAACCAGUGCUGUGAGACUGAAACGAUUUGUAGCCAUGAACUCAGUGAGUGAUUUCAUGCUUUCUGACAAACACAACGUUAGUACAUUUACAGGAGGGCAAACCAAAUCCAAAGUGCUCAAAAUUCCAGCCGGCAAGUCUUACACGAUAUCGGCACUCUUUAAACCAAGCGGUCUUGGUGAAUUCAAACAGCCAAUUGUCUUUGAAUUUGAAGAGGAAGGCUCGACAACCGACACUUACCAUAUAGCACGGUUUCUAACAGGACAAGGAACUAGCGAGGACGUCGAGAGUAUCCUGCCAACCCACAAGUAUCGGCAUCCCAAGCCUGUUGCAAGGGUGGUAGACCCGAAGGUACAAGUGAUUGGUGGAGUGCCUCCCCUACGACCAGACAGUAAGUUACGUUACCCAGUCCCUCUCAAAGACUACCACAUUCCCUUUCAAUUACGCUUGGGUUUAAACCAAGGCCAACCUGGUGAAGAGCUGUCAGCGCUGCUUGAACAAGAAGUAGGCUUACAAAUGCCACAGUAUCCUGAAAAAUUUGCAUCCCUUCUUCACAUCGAAGAACUUCAGAUGGAGGUAGACAUUCGACACUAUGAUAUGGAGGACACAAUACUUAUACCAGAAGGGCAGUUUCUUGUUCUAAAGGUUCCUGGUCUUGCUGAGAAUCGCCCAUCAGUAAUCAAAGGUGAUCAGAUCUUAGUAAGAGUCAAAGAUGGCAAUGGACAACUAGAGAAGGAAGAGUAUCAAGGAUUUGUUCAUGUUGUAGGAUUAAGUGAUGUUCGUCUUAAGUUUUCUCCAAGUUUUCACAAGAAGUACAUUAAAGGGAUGAAGGUGAAUGUGAGAUUCACAUUCAACAGGACACCAUUAAAACUGAUGCACAGAGCUCUAGAAAUUGGAUUCAAGAUGAUGGAAGAAAAAACACAGCUUGCUUCUUUACAAUUAACAAUUGGCAAACAUUUAGACCCCCUCUUAGAGGAGAAAGAACAAGAUUUUAGAUUUUAUGAUGCAAAACUUCACAACAAUAAAGAACAAGAACAGGCAGUAAAGAACAUUGUUACUGGUACAUCCAGACCAAUUCCCUACUUGGUGUUUGGUCCUCCUGGAACAGGGAAGACUGUUACCAUUGUGGAGGCCAUCAAACAGAUAUUGAAACAGUUUCCUAUGAGCCAUGUCCUUGCUUGUGCCCCAUCCAACAGUGCUGCAGACCUGGUGUUACAGAGAGUUAUGGAGCACGCAGUCAUUCCAAAGUCACAGAUGAUGAGGCUGAAUGCUUUUGGCAGGUCAGCGUUCUCUCUUCCAAAAGAUAUCAAGGAUGUUUGCUGCAUCACAUCUGGUGGGGACUUCUUUAUGCCAUCUAAAGAGGCCAUUAUGGAGAAGCGCCUUGUGGUUUCCACACUGAUCACAGCAGGAAGAUUAGUAUCGGGAGAGAUUCCAGACCAGCACUUCACUCAUGUGUUCAUUGAUGAAGCAGGCCACUCCCUGCAGCCUGAAUGCCUCGUCCCCCUGGCAGGACUGUUCAGUACAGAGACUCCAGGAGGGGGCCAGCUGGUUUUGGCAGGGGAUCCCCAACAGCUUGGUCCAAUACUUCGAUCACCAAUAGCCAUUAAGUAUGGUCUUGGUAUGUCUCUCUUGGAAUGGAUGAUGACAAAGGUGCCUUUCUAUGGCCGAAUACCACAAGAUGAAGAGGAUGAACUUGGUGAUUAUAACCCGCUGAUUAUUACAAAGUUACUGAAGAACUACAGGUCACAUCCAUCGAUUUUGGAGCUUCCCAAUGAGAUGUUCUAUGAUGAUGAACUGGAAACUUGUGCGGACAGACUGAAAAGAGAAUCACUGUGUAACUGGAGCCGACUUCCUUGCAAGGGAUUCCCGAUCAUUUUUGAGGGGAUCAAGGGCCGUGACAUGCGUGAAGAGAAAAGUCCAUCAUUUUUCAACCCAGAGGAAGCAGCUGUGGUCACACAAUAUGUCAAGGACUUGAAGGAUGCCCGAGGAAUCAACGUGCUUCCUUCCCAGAUUGGGAUCAUCUCGCCUUAUAGAAAACAGGUACAGUUAACAUUAAUUUUAGAAACAUUUCUAUCCAAAUUCAUUUUUCAGAGGUUUAAUGUUGCUAUCACAAGAGCCCAAGCUCUGCUGAUCGUAGUGGGAAAUCCUCAUGUUCUUUGUAAGGACAGACACUGGAAUAGAUUCAUUCAGUUCUGCAUCGAUUCAAAAGGCUACCGUGGGUGUGAUUUCAAACCUACAUCAGAAGAUGACCAGGACCUCAUAGCUCGCCUGAAACGUGUUCAUCUGGAUUCUAAAGAAGCAUUAGAUGCUGUGGAGUCUGUUGCAGAUGAUACUGUAACACAAGCAGAACAGCCAGCAUGGCACAGACAUGAAGAGUUUUAGAUGGAAAAUUUUAAUGUGCUGUUACAGCUAAGCUAUGAAAUACCAUUAUGUAUACUUAUUAGAUUGUUUUAGGACCUUUGCUUAGCACUAGAGAAAAAGAAUGUUAACACCUCUUCUCUUAAAGUCAAAUUUUGAAGUUAUUGGUGGUUCUCUUUGUUAGGCCAGCCAUACAAGGUGGUUCUAACUUUUCAGGUCCGUGGAUGAAACCCUAGUGUGUGACCAUUCAAAUGAAAGCUAUUGAGC